AUGACCUCGAUAGAUGCUUCAGAAUAUGUUGAGCUGGAAAAUGGGACAUUGAAGUUUGGAAAUGAGGUACAGCAAGCCAAGUUUGAGCUCGGUGUUUGUAUGGCAGUUUAUAAAUGGGAAGAAUUGACAACUGCAGUUGAAAAUUCAUGGGGUGGACCUAAAUCAGGCGAGAAAAGAGACUGGAUCAGUUGUAUCAUUAUAGACCUUUUCAGUGAAUCAAAAAUUGUAGACGUGCAACUAAUAGAAGAGACAUUAUUGUACGCCAUGUUGGAUGAGUUUGACACACAAGUUGAUAAUGACUCAGCUUUGGAGAUUGCUGCUUUGAUAAUGAAAUUUUAUAAAGAAGCUGCGAAAGGCGCGUAUGAUAUGAUUGAUCAGUUUUAUCAAGUUUGGCUUGAGAAAAAGAAAAACACUGUUUUAGAGAGUACGGCUGUUCAUGUUGGGGAAGAUUUAAAUAAUCCUGGAGUUUCAGAUAGUGAAGAAGACGACGACGACGACAACGAUGAGAGGGGAGACGACAAUGAAAAGGAUGACGAGUCUAUGGAAGUAGACGAUAUAGCGGAGGUUCAAGAUGUACAGCAUGGCCCAGUAAUAGAUGAAGAUGGCUUUAAAUUGGUACAAAAGGGUAGAAGAAGAAGGUGA